AUGGAAGAAGAAAAGAGACCCAACCUACCAACCCGGCCCAGCCAACCCUGCCCAGAGGAAAACCCCCCCACCAAAGACCCCCCCUAUCCCAACGAGACCAGUAAACAUCCAGACCAAGAACAAGACCACCCCAAAGAACAGCCCGACACAGACAAUCCGCUACCGCCAGCCUACGCCCCCACAGCCCUAAUCCAGAACCAAACCACUCACGCCGCCUAUCGACCGUCGUCCAUCCUCCCUAAACCGGUCGUCAUACCCCAAACAUCCCACUCGAUUCACGGCUCAAUCUACCGCCCCUUCGCGCGGGCCUACGCGCCCGCCCUCGAGAGCCUCGGAAUCCCCAGAUCGGAGUUCCUGGCUUUCGUCGACGCCCUCAACGAGGUCUGGCUGGCGAACCCGUAUAUCCAGGCGAUUAGCACCACCAGUGCCGUCGCGUGCUUCAUCCCGCUCUUGCAGAUCCAGAUCGCCGCGCUGGGCGUGCAUGCCGCCGCCGAGUACGGGUCGGUGAAGGUCUCGCAGAUGCGCACGCAGGCGUAUAUGCGGCUGGCGAAUGAGCAGCUGUUUCGGCCGCGCGGGCUGCGCGUGCAGGUGCUGAAGACGAAGGUCAUGAUGCGCGAGGUGGGGGUGCCCGGGGAUGUGUUGGAGUUGGGGGCGUGUGGGGGUCGGGACGAGGAGUUUGGGGAUUUGCAGGAUGGCGCGGAGGGGAAGGGGCGGUAUGACCCGCAGUUGAGGAGGGUGGAGGCUUUGAGGGAGUUUGUGUGUCCGAUUGUCUAUGAGGAAGGGGGUGCGGUGGUCAAGGAUAAUUGGAUUAAGAGGGCUUCGGAUAAGCAGGAGAAGUGGCUUUCGGAGAGGCAGAACAGCUCGAUUGUGGGGAAGAGGGAGAAGGCGGGCAAAUGGAUGAGUGAGGCGGAGGAGGCGGAGCGGCAGCUGAAUGUGAAGAUUGAGGAGGUUGAGCUGGCGAAGGAGGCUGCGAGGGCGAGGGCGAGGGAGAGGGUCGAGGGUCCGUUGGGGGAGUCGUUGCAGGGUCGGGGCAUGAUUCAGGACGAUCUGGACAAGGAUUUGAAGAAGCUGGACAAGACCUUGUCGAAGCUCGUUAAGGAGAGGGAGAAGAAGGUGACGAAGAUGAUGCAGAAGGGGGAACGGCGUCUGCAGAGAGUGGAGAAGAAAGAGAGUCGCAUUGCGCAGAAGGUGAUGUGGGUGGUGGUGACGGGGGAUGAUGGGACGGGCUUUCAGAACCAUCUUUGGGAGGAGUCGGAGACUUGA